GGUACCAGGGAUUGAACCCAGGGAUGCUUAACCACUGAGCCACAUCCCCUGUCCUAUUUUGAAUUUAUUUAGAGACAGGGUCUCAUUGAGUUACUUAGUGCCUCGCUUUUGCUGAGGCUGGCUUUGAACUCAUAAUACUCCUGCCUCAGACUCCGAGCCACUGAAAUUACAGAUGUGAGUCACUGUACCUGUCAACAAUCCCUCUCUUUUUUUAAGGACCUCCAGAGGAAAGCCUGAGCUUUGUAGAAUUUGAAACAUAUUUUUACUAUAUCCAAUAAUUUAUUGGAUCCCACUUCAUUGUAAAAGGCUAAGGUUACAAUCUUAGAGAUCAAGGAAGUUAUUUACUCAGUACUCAUAGUUUAAUGAAUGAAUGACAGUUCCAAUUAAGAUAUUUUAAUUGCUCAAGGCUCCUAAAUAUGAGAUAGAGCAUAUGAUAUUGAAUCAUGUUGACUACCUUGAUAACAUAGAAAGUAUCAAGAGUCAAAUAGAACAAAAAGACAAAAUAUUCUUCUUUUCCAACAUAUCAUGUAAAAUAAUUUUGUAUAUUUUUUAAAAAUAUUUUUUUUGUUGUAAAUGGAUCUUUUUUAUUAUUUAUUUAUAUGUGGUGCUGAGGAUUCAACCCAGGGCCUCACACAUGCCAAGCAAAUGCUCUACCACUGAGCCACAACUCCAGCCCUCAUUUUGUAUAUUAAAGAUGCAAACACCCAAGACUCCAGGAGCAGAAUGAGGAUGUUAGUGAACGUCCAGUGUGCUUUCUACUUGUGAGAGCUCCUUGUAUGAAGGAGUGUGGAGGAGGAAAAAGAGCCUGUAAAAGAGGCCAAGUCGUAAAUUGUGCAACAAUCUGAGUAGAAUGAUGAAAUGUCACACUGUCCCACUCUGUCCCACCUGGGAGGUAAAUCAUCUCUGUCUAGCGUAUCCACACUGUAUAUGCUACCUGCCCAUUAGGCACUUAGUAGCCAUCUGAGUUUUCAGAACAGUAGUAUAGUAUUGUGGUGCUGGGUUCAAACCAUUAAGUAGUAGCCUUAUGGUAUACCACAAUGCCAGUGUCAUUCACCUCACUUCAUCUCGUCAUGUAUGAUUUUAUCCUGUCACAUCAGCACAAGAAGGGUGAGUACAGUACAAUACAAUUUUGAGAGGGAGAUGAGAAAGAGGAAAACCACAUUCCAAUAGCCUUCAUUCCAAUAUGUUAUUAUAUUAGCUUAUUAUUCUAUCUUUAUUAUUGCUGUUAAUCUCUUUUUUAUUAAUUUCUUUUAGAUAUUGGUAGACUUUUAUUUAUUUAUAUGUGGUGCUGGGAAUCGAACCCAGUGCCUCACACAUGCCAGGCAAGUGCUCUACCACUGAGCCCCAGCCCCAGCCCUGUUGUUAAUCUCUUACUGUGCCUAACUUAUAAAUUAAAAUUUAUCAUGGGUAUGUACUUAUCAGGAAAACAGUAUGUACGGCACAUGGCACUGUCUGUGGUUUCAGGAUCCAUAUGGAUCUUGGAAUGGAUGUCUCCCAGAUAAGGGGGACUACUGUACAGAAGUACUGUGAGGUUUCCUCAAAGUCAGGAUGUCCAUUUAGAGCUGAAACUUGUAAGGUGUCUUCUAUUUCAGGGACUCGAACAGUUUCCUAAGGACCACUUUCAAUUUUCCCAAAGUUUAUAAAAGACUCCAAAGCAUGGGGGCUGUUUAGGAAACAGAGCCAACUGUGUGUGGGGGGGUCCCACCCACGUUUGCCUUCCCCUGCUUCUUUGGAGUUCCUGUGAGCCUUGGGGUAGAGGCUUGGCAAAGCUGCAAGAUGACAGGGAAGGUGGCCGUGGACCCUGCUCUCCUCUUGACACUGAAAGUGCAUUUGUUAUUCCAAACAGCCAACUCAAAAUUGCCUUUGUUUCACAUUUUCAAAGGGGGAAAAAAUCAAUCUACAGCUUAGAAUAAAGUCUUAUGUAAACCAGAAACAUCCGGGAGGAUGAAAGAAGUUCAGGUGUCAGGAGUGAAAAUUAUGAUUGGUUUCUGUGCAUCUCAUUAGGGAAGAAAAGGUACAAAUGUACUUAAGUGGACCAGAGGGGGUCAAGGCUGAUCCUAAGGCUGAGCCAUCUGAGCUAGAGACAAGCUCUAAGAGAAAAUCUAUACUGGCCAGAGACCAAGUUAAUGGAAAAUUUAAUUGAGGCGAAUGAAAUGCUCAGCCUCUUGGUUGUGUGGCUGGGUGCCCUUUGAACCAGGAAGGCUGGGCCAAGAGGCCACAGAGGGCCCUAAGGGGGAAAAAAAAAAGAGGCGCUUAUCUGCACAAACAAGGGGCGGGACUGAGCCCGGGAAAAGAAAAUCAGAGCCUCCAACAGAGCCUCAGCCAGAGGCUGCACCAGGAAGGAGGAAAUCUGGCUUCUGCCACCAAGAAGUCCCCUCGAGGUCCAUAGCAGAAGGCCCCGCAGCUCCAAGCGGGUGCUGGGAACCAGCAGUCGCCAGAGGAGUGUGGCUGAGGCUGCCUGGUGGCAGGGACAGGAGCGCCCAGCCAAGACGGUCACCACCGAAGAGUGCCUGGUGAGCCCCGUGGCCAUGAACCGCUACAGUAUGGACCCCUCCACCUCUUCCUUUGGCCACAGGGGCUCCUUGCCCACCCCCUCCUCACUCUACUGUAAGAGGCUGAACUCUGGAGAUGGCCAUUUUGGGGGAGGCCCUGCCACCACCACCAGUGGUCCCCAUACCAGUCCUGUGUCCUCUGGAGGCCCCGCAGCACCUGGACUGAGGCCCCCAGCCUCCAGCCCCAAGAGAAACGGGACCUCUCUUGAAGGAAACAGAUGUGCCUCGAGCCCUUCUCCUGAUGCCCAGGAUGCCAGACGGCCAAGGAGCAGAAACCCCUCCACCUGGACCGUGGAGGAUGUGGUCUGGUUUGUGAGAGACGCCGACCCGCAGGCUCUAGGGCCUCACGUGGAGCUCUUCCGAAAGCACGAGAUUGAUGGCAAUGCCCUAUUGUUGCUGAAGAGUGACAUGAUCAUGAAGUACCUAGGCCUGAAGCUGGGACCUGCGCUGAAACUCUGCUACCACAUUGACAAGCUGAAACAAGCCAAGUUCUGAAGAUCUUUAAAAGAUAGAAGCUGAACCCAAGACAAAGAACUCAAGACUAUCUUCUGCCUUACCAACAUCCAGCCAACAUCAUGAAAUAGGUUCUCUUCUUAAAAUUAACAGCCACAAUGACUUGGUCUUUUUUUAUAGAAAGAGUGUAUCUUCGCCUUUUAAAAAAAAUUCUACCUGGCUCUUUUUAAAAGGCUCAUCUAUGUUAAUGAUUUGCCAAAAAAUUACCAAAAGCCUAUUAUUUUUAACAUUCCUUGAUUUGUUGGUCACUCUUAGAGUGGGUGCUAUCUGUAUAAUGAGAGAGAGUGGGGAACUGAAUGCUGUCACCUAAGGAGAGCCCCGGAGGGUUCCAAGAUAUGAGAAGGACUUGUCCCUGCAAGGACAUCCACCUCAGCACCACCUGCCUCUGUUCUCACCCAGGGACCCAUCAGUGUGAGCCUUGCUGGAUUCAGCUCUGAGGGUGACUGCCUCGCCUUGCACUAUCUGGAAAACUUGAAUUCUUUUGCUUUCUGAAAAAGAGGAAGAAAGAUCUUUUCUAUUCGCACUUAUCUGAAGUACUGUGUUGUCCCACUAGAGGGCAGACUGCUAAUGAAAUUUCAGGACCCUUGACUGCAGCCGGAUGCUUAUUCAGAACUCAGUGACUGGCCUGGGGUUUCUUUGAAUAAAAUCUAGCCUAUACAGGGAAUUUAUCCCACACAUUGCAACUUGGGAAGAAAUUGUCAUCUAGAGGGUUCUAAUUCACAUCCAAGCAUUAUUGACUGACUGAUACACAACAGCAAAGGAAAGAAUUGGAAGCGUGCUCUACCCAGAUGGGGCUUUAGAGUUCCUUCCUUUCCAGAGUCCUUACUGAGGUGUUGAUGUGUUGUCAUGUCGAAGAAUCUUAGUGACAUUUAGCCAUGGGUGUUUCUUGAAAAAAGGAAAAGAAAAAUGUCUUAACUAAAUUUUGAAAAUGGAGAGUGUUGAUUUCUAGUUGCAUUGCUAGAUUCUGUAGUCGUAUCUGUGGCUAAUUUUUCUAAUCCUCAACAAAUACACAGACACGCUAUUAUUGGGUUUAAUUCAAUUUACAAAUAGGUUUUCCUUCCUCACCGUGAAGUAAUAGAAAAAGAAUUGAUUUUCUACCCCUAUGCAGCUGUGUCCAGAGAAGGACGAUGAAUUCACAAUUUACUAGGCAGAAGGAUAUCCUCUUCUCUGCUAUUUAUUUAUUUUUUUUUGUAUUAUUCUCUUUUCUCUCUCUUUUUUCUUCCGUUUCCUCACUGAAUAGGAAACAUAUCCUCAAAAUAAAUUCACCUUUUUGAUGGGCAUGUCCUCUUCCUUAAAAGAACAUCUACAGUGUUAGAGAUGAAGAGGUGAAUAUUAGACCUUGCAAUCCUUGGGAGGAUGCAGGUCAAGAAGAACUCAGGGCCUCUCUGGGCCCAAAUUUGAAUUAGAAAAGGCACAGCUUCCUCCAGGAUGCAGCCUAAGAGGGGUCUCAGCUGGCAAGUGCAGCCAGGUAGGAUCUCAGCUCCCUUACCCCUCCACCAGCUGCCCUUGUACAGAACAUGACCUGUAUGGCCUUGAGGGCGACCUUGAUUGGAUUUGCAUAUGGAAUGUCUAUGAAUCAGAAUUUAGAUGAGGACCAUAAGAAAUAUUGCAUGCCACCUUAUUGGGGCCCACUUUGCUGAGAAACAUUUGAGAAAGCACAUCAUAGAAAAAUCUCUUUUAGACACACAAGCAGUGGCUAGAUAUAGAGUUUGACAGCGGGGAGGGAAAAAAAUGUUCCAACCCUACCCAUGAAAUUGAGCAGACAGUGGAAGAGCUUCAUGUAUGUUGGUUUCAGCACAAAACAAAACUGCCCCACAUGAGGCCUUGGGUUAGAUGUUGAAGUGAGUAACAGAUUCUGUCCCUUAAAAGUUUGUUAAUGCAAAGUGCUCACUCUGAAGUUAGAUAACUUCCUUCAAGAAGCUGGACAGUUGAUGUAUUCAGAACUGCCGGUGUGAAAACUAGGAGAUCCAGAAAAAUCCCAUGACAACCCAGGUUCUUCACUUUUGUGGGUUUUGUCCAGCCCAUGGAUAUUUAUGGUGCCUCUUCUAUCAACAUAUGCUUCCUUUAGACUUUCACAUUAAGAUCUCAAAAUAUCCUAACCACCCUCACCAGUGCCUCUCUGGCUACAGACACACAAACAAUGGUGCCCUCAAGUUCAAAUCAGUUCCAAACAAUGUCACAGAGAUACCUUGGGUAGUUUUCAAGGGGGAGAGAUGUUCCUAUUUCAAGCCUAGGGGAAAACUGGAACUGGGUUCCCACCCAAUUGCUCUCACCCAGGUGCUGUCUCAUUUCACAUGAAACUUUCAACAGGCCAGAUUGCUGAAGCCAUGAUAUUUAAGGUUUGACUUAAAAAAAAAAAAAUCUCACUACUCUUAAAAUGAAUGCUGCCACAUCAGAAAAGAACCUGGGGAAGAAAUUCUUCUUGCCUGUUUUUGUACCGACAUGCAAUUAGCUGACCAAAUUAUUGUGGCAAUACUGUAAUUAUAAUUAAUUUUCAUCCCUCUCAAAAAUCUUGUCAAACCAGGCAGCUAAAUAGCUUCUCAAAUGUAAAACACACCAGGCUAUUUUUCUCUAAACAGACUUUAAACGGUCAGGCCAUUGGGGUCACACUGGCCCAAAUGAAAGCUACUUGGGGGCCUCAACUUGACAGAUGCAGUAUUUGUUAUUCCAUGGCGGUAGCUUGCCUUCAGGUUGUAGUGAAUAAUGAUAUAGUUUUGCAUAAUUCCAAAUUAAAGUGUGUGUGUGUGUGUUCGUGUUCCAAACAUUUCCAAUUAUACUUGUCUGUUAAACACUUGAAAAAAAGUUGAGACAAUUCUGUUGCCUAAGGCAUUUUAAAUAUUUUAUGAAGCACAUAAUUCCCUUUGUGAAGAAUUUUAAGUAAAAGAUGUGUGUGUAUGUGUGUGUGUGUGUGUGUGUGUGUAUAUAUCUCCUGCCAUUGUAGUCAGAGAGCCUUAGGAAGUGGGAAUGUAUCAGUGAUUUGCAUAUGCUUGGGUUAAAAUGUCUCCCCAGCCUUUCAACAGAGGCAGAGCCCUUGAAGUCUUCCUAUGGUUGUUAUUUCUAAGUGUUGUGCCCUCUUAUGCCAGCAGGGUGCGCCCUAGAGGCACCUGGGUGACAGGGUUGGUUCUGGGGUUCUGGGCCUAUCGUCCUCAGGCAGCUGACUGGACAUGCCAUGCCUGGGCUUCAGGGUGACCAAGGAGAGGCCUCAUGGGGGACCCUCAGGCAAGGGAUACUUGUCUGCCUCAUUUAGGGUCUACCAGAGAGGACACUGGGUUUCCAUGAUUUCCCUUGAACAGGCUGCCAGGGAUUUUUCCGUUCAACAGAAAAAGAAAAAAAAAAAAAGGGAUUGAAGAACCCCUCAGGAGAAGCACAUAUGAUAUUAAAUACGUCGGAAGGAAUACUGUGCUGAGGUUGGUUUGCUUAAGAAGGAAACCAGCAAGAAAGGAAAUAAAACCAUAAAUUCCUUAGGCAAACAAUAAAAGAGUAGUUAUUCUAAUCUAUCCCGAUCCAUGAUUUGGCAAUAAUCUGUUUUCAUAUUUAUGUGAUGUAUGGGAUAUUUCUUAUUUUUCUAAUUAAAAUUGUUUUUUAAAGUAUUUUCUGAGAUUGCUUUAGGAGAAUUUUGUCAAAUCUCUGAAUAAAACUGGAAAUGCCCAAAGGUAA